AUGAAGUUCAAUAUCUCCGUUCUUGUUGCCGCAUUCGCGGCCAGAGCUCUGAGUGCGCCUACGCCUGCAAACCUGGACACACGAGGCGAUUCCGUCAAUGAGCCCCGCAAUGAGCUUAGUGGGCGUGACACGGGCAGUGGAAUGUCCCAUAUUGAUGGACCAUAUGUGAUCGUUGUGGACUAUAAUAAGCGUUCUGUUAAACGCGUGCCCGCGGAGAACCUUGGAGGCAACAACAAGCACCAGAAGCGCGAUGAUAAGCAGCACAUUGAUGGGCCAUAUGUCAUUGUCGUCGAUUAUAACUAG